CAUUUAGCGGUUGCAUACAUACUUUGGCGAUAAGCAGCUGUGCGGUUUAGAUACCCACAAGUUUUAUGAUAAGUUUCAGCUAUUAUUCAAGGACAUAACUUACUGUUUAGUGAUCCGCGUUUAACAAAUAUGGAUAGAACAGUUGUGAUAUGUUGUAUACUAGCUAUCGGGGCUGUGUGUGUAGCCAUCCGGUUUAAUCAGGGAUAUUGUCACACCAGGCCCAUAUUCCUUGAUACUGCCACAGGCGCAGGGUCUAUAUACAUCAACCGGAUCUGUGUACACCGGAAGUUGCGCCUUGGAGAUGUUGGAGAGUCCCGAACGAAGCAGAUACUAUGAAUACUGAAAUUUUUAAAAAUCGAACCUCUGGCACAGAACUGACGUUGCUGUGGAUUCUUGACGGUAUAGGCUACUACCGGGAAAACAUUUUAAAUGCAUACCAUAGCCAGUUACGAUGGACAUUACAUGACGACGACUCCGUGACCGUUGGUUUCAAAUAUAGGGAAGGAAAAGAGCCCGGCGCCCACUGUAGGAAGGUUGAAUUGGAAGGAAAUCUGACCCGCAGAGACCAUGCCAUAAUUGACUUAGACUUGACGUUUGCAGAACCAUUAGGCCACAUGACACCACGCUAUUGGCUCAUGUCAGACCAUCCGGAUGACUACGUGCUUUUGUUUAGUUGUAUCAAUCCUGCACAGGUCCGAGACGGCGUGUGUUACGGACGUUGGUAUGCUGAAGUCUUUGUGACAUCUGAUCCACCGGACCAUCCACCCAUGCACCUCAUGGUAGAAGAACUAUACCGGAAGUUGGGUCUCACCCUCGAUAAUCCCGGGUUUCGGUUUAUUAACAUUGGCCAUGCCUGUCCAAAGAAGUAAUAAACCCGGAAACUUUGAGAGCCUUUUAAGGAAUAACGCUGGGUCAUUGCCAGAUGUGCUAUAAUCUAAACUGGGACUCUUUGUGUCAUUGUAUGACGCAUUAUGUUUUGUGCUUCUUUGCUUCAUGACACUAACUAUUUUACGCUGUUUUCAUACAGACGAACAUAUAAUUACUAGAUGUAAUUAAUUUUUAAAGUGGUUUAAGUUUAGUUGUGUUUAUUCAUAUCUUUUAAUGCGUAUAUUUUUUUUAGAAAUUUUAAAUAACGGUUUUAUUAUGUUCCCAUUUAGGAAAUUGAGAUAUCAUCGCAUCAUUAUGCUUUUUGUUUUGUAUGUGUUAGCAUUGUGGUAUUUACAAUAAUAAACAUAGAUUUAUGUAAAAUACACAUGGUAUGAUGUGUGCAAUUCAUUCUUUAUUUUCAUUUUUUUCAUUUUGUUUAAUGAUUUCAAUUUAUCAGAAUGAUUAUGAUAUAAACAUGUUUAAACAUAUUGCAUGUUUGUAUUUGUCACAAUUUAUAUGCUGUUUGUGAACGUGAGUCUAUGACCUUUUCGUAAAUAAA